UAGAUAAAUACAUAACAGUAUAAAAAAUACAUGGAACUUCAAAUUACAGGACCGUAUAAUAAACUAUCUACAGAAGACCUAGAAAUAUUGGACGAUGUAGUACAAUCGUUUUGUGAAGCAGUAGACGUAGUCUUGAAAACAAACUUCAAAUCGCAAAAAAAGGAUACAAAUCAAAUAGAAUCAAUAAGUAGGAACUUAGGAACCAGACCAGAUGGAAUCACAAAAAACCAAAAGAUUGCCGCAGUGUUCUGUAGACAAUGGAUCGCAGGAGUAGUCAGUGAACUCACGUAUAAACUGGCUAAUGACACGUCAGAAAGAUUUAGCAGUGGUAAUAACACAAUAGUAAGCGCACAACUAUUCGAUGAAGAUAACAAUAGUGAUGAGGUGGGACUUUGCGUAGAAAAUGCACGUAUAUGUGGAAAUGGACAAAUAGAAGUGGACUACGAUUACCAAACAAAAGAAUUACCACCACAUCUUAAACCAAAGCUCAAGGCACAAGAAUUGACACAAUUAAUACUACAAGGAAAACAAAAUGAAUAUGAUUUGAUGCAAAAACUAGAACGAUUCUGGAGUGAAGUGCCAUCAUUGUUGUGCCAGUACCUAACAAUGGAAAAUGAUACAGAUGAAGACGAAUACAACCCAGAGAACGCAACAAGGCAUAGUGGAUCACCGCCCGAACAAAGUACCAAUCUACCACAAAAUCAUACGUAUAUCCCCGGAUCAAUACAAAAACAAAUUGAUAACCCCCUGGAUGAAGUGGGACAGCCUAAAUUACCCAUAGACCCAGAUUCAAUACAGUUCCUGGAAAAAUUGGCAAAAGGUGACAUCACCAAGAAAAUCAAUAACGAUUAUGAACUAGACGAUGAUGAAAGUAUACAACAGAAGCUGGAACAACUAGAAAUAAAAGCUAAGGAAUUGGGAGUCAAGGGAAUGGAUAAGUAUAUCGCACUAUACAAUAAAGUCAAUAAGGAAAUUAACAAAGUUAACAAAGCAGCGAAAUUCUUCGCAAAGUUCGCAACAGAUCUGACCUCAAACAAUCAAAUCGAUAUCAUGUAACCACGACCGUCCUCACGAUG